GUAAGGCCUGGCACACAGUUUUUCGAAUGGCCUGCCUCUGGCGUCGCCGCACUUUUGUGUUUCCAGGAAGCAAGACGCAGCAGGUCUGUAAUGACGGCUUCCUCCGCGAGCACGGACAGCACGUGCAGCAUGUGAUUCUGGAGUUUGAAUUUCAGAACAAUGCGGCUCUACAGUGCUUCCAAGCGUUCAUCGACACAGCGAAUGAGUGCGCUGCUUUUCGAUCAAUCAAGGUUCGGCACCUUUGCUUCUCCUACCUGCCUAAGAGAUGGACCGCUUAUCGACCAAAGAUGGUGCAAGCCCUGUGUUUGCUGCUGAAACGGCAACCGAUGCUGCAAGAGGCCGACUUUUACCUCUGCCAGUUCACACACAACGAGGGUCUGCAGGUGCUGAAGGCUCUCACUGGUGACCUGCGUUUGAUGACCAGGCGGAAUAUCAUCACCCUCAAACUGGAACAGUUUUACGAUCCUCAGACACUUGACAUCAGCUUGAGGACCUUCACCGAGGUCAUGGGUCGCUUUUCCGCGCUCGCUUGCCUGUGUCUGGACCAGCACUACCUGUGUGAGGCCGUGCUGGACAAGCUCAUCACCGGCUGCGCACAAACGCUGCGCCACCUGGACAUUGUGAUGAACACGACGGUGGUGCACGCCAUCGACUCGCACACCUGGUCGCUCGCUGUCCAGCGGUGUCCGUCACUGACUGUCUCAGUGAGGUUAUAUGAUGUAUACACCUUCGAGGAGUACUCUCGUGUGCUCGUGGAGUCAAUGCCUUUGACCAGAGUGAGCUUUUGGAACACGAGCGGGAUUCCUGACAUAAGAUUUUCUGACGUGGCGCGUUUCCUCAGACAUGUCUGUGACAUUUUCUUCAACACCAUCGAGGUAGUGGGAGUAAGUGAUAAUAGUUGCCUGACGUUGGGCUUGAAGGCUGAGGGAUACCGUAAGAUGUGCAAGGCAGUUGUGAAGCUCAUCGAGACCAGUCUCCAGCUAAAGCGACUUUACUUGUGUAUUCCACUGAUGCCAGGGACACUGGACAAACUGUCACGUGUUCUAGCCGCCCGCGCACAGAAUGAAAUGAAACGACUGGAGGUGACGGUUGUGGUUGAUGAAGAGAUGAAUACAAAAUAUAUCGAGCAAAGAUGGCCGAGACUGCGUGCCUUAAGCUUCGAUGAGCUUCUUAUCGAUGACUUUUAAAAUUUUUAAAUAACUUUUUCUGUCUUUUUUUAGUCUGUUUUUAAAAGCAGAACUUAAAUGGCGGAUGAAGUCGACUACUUUAUACUGGAGAUGACAGCAAGUUUAUUUUUCACACUUGAACCGUUCUUCGACUUGCUGCUGCUAAUGAUGAUGAGAGAGACAUGACACACUCAGUGGAGUACGAUUACUAUUUGCAUGGAUCCACAUGCCCACCCACACACCCAGAUUCAUACAAAUACGCGGUUACGAUGAUUGCAAGAAGCUACAGCCGCAAGCUGCCUUGGUGUUCACUUGGAUGCAAAUGGAUCAACGCACGGUAGUGGCCAUAGCAACCAGCUAUUGACUUUCAAAUCUGUCCAAGAAAUAAAUAUAA